UUCAGACAAAAUCCGGAAACUACCUUUGAAGUGUAUGCAGAAGUAACCUAUUCAGGAAUCAGUUGCAUUGGGAAAGAUCCUGAGGUGCGGAGGCAAUUCCCAGAGGACUACAGUGACCAGGAAGUUCUACAGACUUUGACCAAGUUUUGUUUCCCCUUCUAUGUGGACAGCCAUGCAGUUAACCAAGUUGGGCAGAACUUUACAUUUGUGCUUACAGACAUUGACAGCAAACAGAGGUUUGGAUUCUGUCGCUUAUCUUCUGGGGCCAAGAGCUGCUUCUGUAUCUUAAGUUACCUCCCAUGGUUUGAAGUCUUUUAUAAGCUGCUCAAUGUCUUGGCAGAUUAUUCAGCAAAAGGACAGGAUAGUCAAAGGAAUGAGCUCCUAGAAACAUUUCAUAAACUUACCAUCCCUGAGCCAGGAACCUCUGUUCAUCUUGGAGUGCACUCUUACUUUACUGUGCCUGACAUCAGAGAGCUUCCUAGUAUACCUGAAAAUAGAAAUCUGACAGAGUAUUUUGUAGCAGUUGAUGUCAACAACAUGCUGCAUCUCUAUGCCAGUAUGCUGUAUGAACGCCGCAUCCUCAUUUGUUGUAGUAAGCUGAGCACUUUAACUGCCUGCAUUCAUGGGUCUGCAGCUAUGCUCUACCCGAUGUUCUGGCAGCAUGUUUACAUUCCUGUUCUGCCCCCACAUCUAUUGGACUACUGUUGUGCCCCAAUGCCCUACCUCAUUGGAAUACAUUUAAGUUUGAUGGAGAAAGUAAGAAACAUGGCCCUGGAAGAUGUAGUGAUUCUUAAUGUAGACACCAACACACUGGAAACCCCUUUUGAUGACCUUCAGAGCCUUCCUAAUGAUGUGGUUUCUGCACUGAAGAACAAAUUGAAGAAAGUCUCUACAACCACUGGAGAUGGUGUUGCAAGAGCAUUUCUAAAAGCACAAGCAACUUUCUUUGGGAGCUACAGAAACGCCCUGAAAAUUGAACCUGUAAGUAGGAAAUUAGUAUGCAUAAGAUGUAAGAUGCUAGUGCAGAUUGGAGAAAAAAAGGACAGUAGCAGGUUGCCAAUAAAGGGUCUGUUCUGCCUCAUCAACUCAAAAAUUCAUGUUGAAGGUGAACCCAUCACUUUUUGUGAAGAAACAUUCGUGUCCCAUCGUUCCGCUGUCAUGAGGCAGUUUCUUCAGAAUGCCAUUCAGCUCCAGCUCUUUAAGCAGUUCAUUGAUGGCCGUCUGGAUCUUCUUAACUCUGGAGAGGGCUUCAGUGAUGUUUUUGAAGAAGAGAUAAAUAUGGGAGAAUAUGCAGGUAGCGACAAAUUGUACCACCAGUGGCUCUCUACAGUAAGGAAAGGAAGUGGAGCCAUUUUAAAUACAGUAAAGACCAAGGCUAACCCCGCCAUGAAGACUGUCUAUAAGUUUGCAAAAGAUCAUGCAAAAAUGGGAAUAAAAGAAGUGAAAAACCGCUUGAAGCAAAAGGACAUUGCUGAGAAUGGGUGUUCUGCAACACCGGAGGAAUCUCUACCAAGGACAGCGCCUUCUCCAUUGGUUGAAAAGAAGGACCCUAAAUUAAGGGAAGAGAGAAGACCAAUCACAGUACAUUUUGGUCAGCAGCAAAGACUCCGUCCACCUCGGCCACCGCCUCCAAAGAUACAGCGUUCAUCUAGGCCCGUUCGCCCGCCAAGACCUCAUGUUGUUAAGAGACCCAAGAGCAAUAUUGCUGUGGAAGCACGAAGGACUUCAGUUUCUAGUCCAGAACAGCCUCAGCCGUACCGGGCCCUGAAAGAAUCUGAUAGUGCUGAUGGGGAAGAGGCGGUCAGUCCAGAAAAAUCAAAAGAGCCUCUGCCUCCAAGCCCUCUGCUCUCAAGCAAGGCCACAGAAAUCAACCUUCUUGAAGACAUUUUCCCUAACUUAGAAGUAGAAACACAGCCUCAGCCUCUCAGCCAAGCUAAGAGCCUAGAAGACCUGCGGACUCCCAAGGAAGAGGGAGAUCAGCGAUGCACAUUUGAUUACCAGAGAAUGGACCUUGGUGUGUCUGAGAGGAACAGGAUUGUGCCAACCAUGAAGCUGUCUCACCCUUACAACAAGCUGUGGAGUAUGGGUCAUGAUGAUAUGGCUAUUCCGACCAAGUAUUCCCAAAGCUCACCGGAAAGGCCCUUGACCGCACUUGGUACCAUGCCGCCAAUCACAAGGAGACCCCGAAGCAGAGACAGCAUUCUGGCUCCUGCAGAAAAGGAUGACUCAAAUCCUGCCGUUCAAGGGAACAUCACCAUUCCCAGACCACAGGGUAGAAAGACUCCUGAACUGGGGAUAGUGCCACCACCACCAGCACCCAGGGCUUCUAAGCAUCAGACUCCAGCUGGACCAACAGAAAUUCUCACUACUCACACUACAGGACGUAGCCAUUUGGUUUCAGAUCUUAUCCCAGAGCCCUUUGGAGUUGGUAGUGUGUCCUUAGACCCUGAAAUCCAGCAGUCUGUAAAUUAUUCCUCUCAUCCAUCUCAGCUUUUAUCCAGUGCUACCAGCACCGCUGAGAUGCUCCAACCUGUCAAGGUGAAGACAGAUAAUACAGGUAAUGAAAGCGACUACCUUCUUAAUCUCCUGGAUCCAUUAAAAACAGCCAGCUGGCAAAGCAGUGGCCCACAGCAAGGUCCCCGCAGCCUGCAAAGCUCAGCCACUCCACCUUCUGCUGCUAGCUUUGUCUCAGUGGCAAGUGACUUUGUGCCUCCUCCAGCUGCACCAUUUGUCCAGCCACUUGGUUAUCCUUCCCCAGCACCACCACCUUUUUUACAGCCAUCUCCUAAUCCAUUCACGCAAACAGUGCCAGGAGCCCUUUCAGUGUCUCUAGUUAGACCCCCAAGGGGCUCUUUCACCCCCUCUUUAGGUCACGCUUAUAGCUCUAGCUUCAUAACACCUAAUUCUAGCUUCUACCCACCACAAAGACCUCAACCAAACAUUUCAACACUAUCCAUGCCAAACUUGUUUAGCCAGGCUCCAGCUAUGCCACCAGCUAGCUCCUUAUUGCUGCAGAGCCACAGCCCUUCUCCAACAAGCUCUCUACAGCCAGCGUGUUUAAGUGGUCCUUCUAAAACCAGAACGUUACAGGUGGGCCAGUCCAGCUCAAAGGUAGAUCCCAAACAAGCACUAGCUCUCCUGUCUAAUGAACCCCCUUUGAUCCCUUCCAGGCCAGCUAAGGGCUUAGAGUCAGUGUUACUAUCCUCAAAAUCUGAGGAGACAAAAGAUCCAUUUGAAGAUUUGUUAAAAAAGACAAAGCAAGACGUGUCAUCCACGCCAGGUAAGGUUGAACAGCUCAGAAAGCGAUGGGAAACCUUUGAGUAA